AUGCGAGCUCUCGCCUCAGACGGCCCCAUAGGUAACUCUGGUGCUCCUCAAGCAGCACAUCUCCAUGUCGUCAAUGACAAACAACCUCCGCCGUCGUCUAUUCCAUUGCCCAAACAGACGAGGGUAGGAGGAGGCAGGAUGUCAAUCGCGCCUGCAGCUCAGCCCUCUGCUCGGAGGACGUCUACCAUGCCAGGUGCUCCCCUUGGAGGACCCGCUGGACCCUCUGUACUUCGACACUCCAAUUCUCAAGAGGGAUUGAGACGAUCGACAAUGGCCUCUGGUGGCCUGGCGAGUGGGACGCGUGGAGAUGCAGGUUUUCUCAAUAGACAAUCUCAGACAGCGCGAAAUCCUCCGGGAAGCGUACGAAGAAGCUCCAUCUUCCCCUCGGCUGGUCGACAAUCUAUGGCUCCGGGCAUGUUCACUCCGGCUGUAAGGGAUACGCGACCGUACAAGGACAAGACGUUUGGUUUGAAUUGCAUCAAUAAUUUGACCGAAUUCUUGAUCAACAACCGAUGCCCUGUUCCCAUCACACCACGGACGUUUGCAGUCGUCUCGACGAAGGACGUUCAAGCGAUAUUCAGAUUCCUGGUGUCGGAUUUUGUUGACCCACAGACGGCCUGGAAUAAAAAGUUUGAGGACGACGCGAUCCAGAUCCUCAAGGAUCUCCGUUACCCAUCUAUGGAGCAUUGUGGAAAGACGGCUUUGGCUGCUCCUGGUGGAACACUGAACUGGCCAGGGGUAUUGGCAAUGCUGGACUGGCUCGUCGAGUUGAACAAGGCUGGUCAGAGAUGGGAUGAUAUUGGGUUGGUCGCGGAUCCUCUGAGAAUGCCGGCAAAGGAUCUCCCUCUGGACUCGCCAAACAUUGAGACGCGUCUCGUCUGGGACUUUUUAUCAAAGACCUAUCUGCAGUGGUUCGAGUUUGGAUUGGAGGACUUUCCCGAGGCGGAGAUGGAGGUCAUGGAGGUCUACGACAGGAUGACACAAGCUGCCUUGGAACAAUGCGAAAAGGUCGAGACAGAGGUACAAAAGCGCAAUGUGGAACUGCAGCAGCUCCAAGCACAAGAACCCCCCCUCAAAGCACUCGAGGAAGAAUACAUCCAGUUGAUGAGCGACAAGACUAAGUUUAUCGACUUUAUCGAGAUGCACAGACAAAAGGCAGAGAAAACCAGGGGUGUCCUGCAGCGAGCAAGAGAGGCCAUGGCAGUUCAAGACCAAGAAUUAGAAGCCGCUCGAGCCGAACUGGCUCGAAUCGAGGCAGCUGUGGCUGCUCAAAACCUUUCGCCGGAUGAGGUCCAACGGAUGAAUUAUGAACGAGAAACAUUGACCCGUACCCUGGAUGAGAUGCGUAUCAAGACAAUGGAGGCGAGUCAAUUCUCGUACGAUCAGGAACUUCAAGUCACCAAAUCGAUGGAUCGCUUCGAGCAACUCUACGCUGAUUAUACAUCAUUGGCGCACCAGAUUGGACUCGUUAAACCUGGCAGUCGGCAGAGUCUGUUGGCUGGCAAGGUGGACUUUACGAUUGAUGUCGAGCUACAGGCCGAGGACAUGGCCGAUGUGCAGAAGGAGGCGAAACGACUGAGAGAGCAAUUGCGACCUGAACUUUCAGCCUUUGGCGAAAAAUUCAGGAAGGAGGAGCUAGAACUGGGUAAUCAGGUCAUCGAGCUUGAGGAUCAACACGAUCGCCUGACUCAAGAGGUUGAGAAGCACAAGCAGCAAGUAGAGAUGUCUGAGAUGCGAGUCAAGGCGCAGAAUGAUUCUGCCGAGGAUGCGAAGAACACUCUGCUUUCCGAAACGGCUUUGGCCAAUGCCAAGAUUGCAAAGCUCGAGAAGGACGUUGCUGACAUGUCAAACGCGAGUCAAAAAGGUGUACUGGAUGCGGAACACGAGUUGGAAAUGUCGAGGAUUAGAUUCAACGAGCUUCGUCACAAGACCAGUCUGCUCCAAGAGAAUGUCACUGCGCAGUUGCUCAAGCAUAUUGAGAUCAUUGCGAACACGAGACAGCACACUGCUGACAGUCUCAAGUCUUUGAGGUUGUUCGCAGAGGGCCAUGGCGUGUAA